UGUCCAAUGAGCCGCAAUUCAGCCAUUUCCGGCUUGUUGUGAAAACGUGUUCUUACUUCAAGAGCCGACAAGUUUUCCGAUUUUCUACACAAGUAUAUAAGAAGGCCGCAAUGGCAGCCGAAGGUGCCGAAGAGGUGCCGAAAUUUAACGCGCCCGUCAUCCAAGACAACCCGACUGGAUGGGGUCCUUGCGAAAUGCCGGACCAGUUCAGGAACAUGCCCUACCAGCCUUUCUCCAAGGGCGAUAGAUUGGGAAAGAUUUCCGACUGGACCGGUGCAGCAUUCCAGGAUAAGAAGUACACCAACAAGUACGCUUCACAGUUUGGUGCAGGCAGCCAGUACGCAUACUACCACGAUGAAGACGAGAGCACCUUCCACUUAGUGGACACCGCCAGGGUGCAGAAGCCACCCUACCAGAGAGGUCGUUUCCGUCAGAUGAGAGGUAUGCGUGGCCGAGCACAGCAGCAACGCCACCAGCAGUCUCAGAUGCAGUCUCUGCGUGGAGGCGCCAAAUUGAGGGACAGAGAACGCCAGAGGCAGACCAACAAGAACAAAGGCUGGCAGAGGCACAUGGGCAUGCGGAACAUGAAGAACAUGCCUCCAGUGAAGAACAGGGACGCUUCGGUCACUGUCAAGCCAGACUGGGUUACCAUCGAGGAGAUGGACUUCCCUCGAUUGGCCAAGCUGUCUCUGCCCAAUGUCGAGGAGGGAGAGGACAUUGUCUGCUGUGGUCAGCUGGAGUUCUACGACAAGGCGUAUGACCGUGUUAAUUGCAAAAACGAGAAGCCCCUGCAGCGGGUGAACCGUAUUUUCCAUACGGUCACCACCACCGAUGACCCUGUCAUCAGAAAGUUGUCCAAGACUGAGGGCAAUGUGUAUGCUACCGACGCCAUUCUCGCAACCUUGAUGUGCUGCACUCGCUCCAACUAUUCAUGGGACAUUGUAAUUGAUAAGAUCGGUGACAAACUGUUCUUGGACAAACGAGACAACACCGAAUUUGAUUUGCUCACGGUGAACGAGACUUCUGUCGAGCCCCCAGUUGAGGAUAGCAGUGUGGCAAACUCGCCCAACUCUCCGAGGAAUCUCGCUCUCGAGGCAACCAUGAUCAACCACAACUUCUCGCAGCAAGUCCUGAAACCUGGGGAAGCUCCCUUCAAGUUUGACGAACCUAAUCCAUUUGUGUCUGACGAGGAAGCAGGCCAAGUGGCCUCUGUGGCCUAUAGGUACCGCAAAUGGGAUCUGGACAAUGGAGUCGUUUUGGUCUGUCGUUGCGAGCAUGAUGCUGUUGUGACAGGACCAAAUGGAGAGAACCAGUUCCUCUCCAUCAAGGCCCUUAAUGAGUGGGAUUCGAAGCUUUCCGGUAAUGUGGAGUGGCGCCAGAAGCUGGAUAUUCAGCGUGGUGCUGUCCUUGCCAACGAAUUGCGAAACAAUUCUUGCAAAUUGGCCAAGUGGACCGUCCAGGCUCUGCUGGCAGGCUCUGACCAAAUUAAGUUUGGCUAUGUGUCCAGAGCUCAUGUCCGGGAUGCUUCAAAGCAUGUGAUCCUCGGCACACAACAGUAUAAGCCGACUGAAUUUGCAACCCAAAUUACGCUGAACAUGGACAAUGCAUGGGGCAUUCUCCGAUGCAUUAUUGAUAUCUGCAAGUCUCAGCCAGACGGCAAAUAUCUCAUCAUGAAGGACCCCAACAAACCCAUGAUCCGCCUGUACAGCGUGCCCGACAAUGCAUUUGAGUCUGAGAACGACGAUUUGGAUGAGGAUGACGGAGUUUUGAGAGAAAGUGAAGCUUUUCAGCCCCUUUAACAACUUGAGAGUAAAAAUUUUGUAAGUUAGCUUAACAAACUAUGGAAUGCUAAAAUUAUGUAGAACCUUAGUGCACACCAUUAUUGCACUUGAAUUUAUCAUUUACGUAGUCGUCGGCUUAUUUAUUUUAAAACAUAUUGGGGCA